GACUGGAGCUGGGGUGGAGUCGGGGAAAGGCGGCCCCAGGCCAGAGCGAAGCCAGCCAACGGCCGUGGGUAGUGCAGGCGAGACUGUCUGGGAUCAUGGGUGAGAGCGCGCUGGAACCCGGGCCUGUGCCCGGAGCGCCGGCGGCCGGCGGCCCUGUGCACGCCGUGACGGUGGUGACCUUGCUGGAGAAGCUGUCCAGCAUGCUGGAGGGGCUGCAGGAGAGGGUGGGUGGCCUGGCCAGCAGGCAGGGCGGUCUGGCGGGCUCGGUGCUCCGCAUCCAGAAGGGUCUGGGGGAGCUGAGCAGCAGCCACGACCGAACGAGCAACAGGCUGGAGCAGCUGCUAACCAAGGCGGAGCGUGUGGGCUCGCAUGCCGAUGUGGCCCAGGAGCGCGCAGUGUUUCGCGCUGCCCAGAUGCAGCGUCUGGAGGCCAACCACGGGCUGCUGGUGGCGCGAGGGAAGCUCCGUGUCCUGCUCUUCAAGGAGGAGGCAGAGAUCCCAGCUAGCGCCUUCCAGAAAAUUUCAGAGCCCCUCGGCCCUGCGGACCAGUCCGAACCCAACCCAGACCAGCCAGAGGCCGAAGUUGGGGAGAGCUCAGAUGAGGAGCCCGUGGAGUCCAGGGCUCAGCGACUGCGGCGCUCAGGGUUGCAGAAGGUGCAGAGUCUGCGAAGGGCCCUUUCGAGCAGGAAGGGUCCUGCCGCAUCCACACCCACGCCGGUCAAGCCACCACGCCUUGGACCUGGCCGAAAUGCUGAUGGCCAGCCUGAGUCCAAGACAGAGCCAGAGCCUCCACAAAACACCGAGGAAGAUCCCGGGAGACCUGAAGCUGCUGAAGCUGCCGUGCUCCAAGUAGAGAGUGCGGCCUGAGGCUUGGUGCCCCUUGUGCCUAGCCCCUUUUCCCAAAAUAAAUCAUCCCAAGCUUGCAGCAUUCACACCCAAAUAAGGAGUGAAUCCUGUCCGCUGCCCAGCCUCUGGCUUCUCUUCUCAGCUCCUUCAGCCUAACAUCUUGUGUUAUCUAAAAGAGGGGCAGCUUCACACUUCUCUGGCUUGCAGUCACCAUCAAUAAAAGUGGUUUUAUCUA